AGUACUGUGUGUUCUUUGUAGGAAUAAAAAGAUAUGAUGAAGAAAAGUGAGAUGAAGAGGAUAGAGAAUGCAGCGAGCAGGCAAGUUACGUUUUCGAAGCGGAGAAACGGGCUUUCGAAGAAGGCUUAUGAACUCUCAGUUCUUUGUGAUGCUGAAGUUGCUCUCUUUGUUUUCUCCCCUUCCGGCAAACUCUAUGAAUACUCCAGUUCCAGUGUGAUGGACAACACAAUCGAACGGUACGCAAUAACGUACGACAAAGCCGAAGAAAUUGGGAAAAAGACUAAGGAAGAAAUUAUUCAGGUUUGGAUUCUACUCAUAUUUCUAAUUCAUAGCAUAACCAAAUAUGAUACAUAGCUUUAAUUCGACGUG